CAGCGCUCUGACCAAACCACUCACAUCUCCAAUGCGCAAUUGUGGCGCUCCAACGCGCUGGAAGGAAGAACAAAAUGCCAGAUUUCUGCUAAAAUACGUGCCUUUUUAUUUCAUUUCACAGUGUAGUGUUCUAAACACAGAGUAAACAUGUCUAGGUACCACAAAGCAGCGAUCGAUGGCUACCUGGACCUCUUGAAAGAGGCCACCAGGAAAGACCUGAAUUCUCCGGACGAGGACGGGAUGACGCCUACGCUAUGGGCUGCUUUUCAUGGACACGUCGAGGCCCUUCAACUUAUAUGUAGCCGAGGAGGGGACCCCAACAGGAGUGACAUCUGGGGCAACACGCCGCUGCACCACGCCGCCACCAACGGUCAUAUGCACAUCCUCAGCUUCCUGGUCAACUUCGGCGCCAACCUCUUCUCCCAGGACAACGACUUCCACACAGCUAUGGACGUGGCAGCGUCGGGCGACCGCAUGGACUGCGUGCGAUUCCUGGACAGUGCAGCAUCACAGCAGACCAUCCAGAAUGCCAAGAAAGUGGCCAGGCUGAAGAAGGAGGCCACCAAAGAGGCUGAAACACGGGUGAAGCUGUGUGAGAGGGUCAAAAAAAGGCACAAGAGCAAGAUGGAUAAGAUGUACCAAGGGUCAGUGUCAGAGGCCAGCACGGCAUCUCCGUCGUUCUCCAAGAUGGGCACCAUCAACAGUGUGAACGAGCAGUUCUCCAAGCUGAUCGCCUCCGAUACCUCAGGCUCGCUUACGGCCCGGUCGAAGGGGACCCUCCAGAGGAUAUUCGGGAAAAAGGAUAAAGGAACGACGGAGAAGGUGAGAAGAGACGGGAACGUAAUCUUCGUCAAGCAGGAGAAUGGCACCCUCUCUGGGACGCCUGAGUUCAUGGGCGUUUUCUCCGAGCAGGACGAGAUCGAUGAGGAAGAGGACGGAGGGAUGAGAAGAUUCACAGAUGAUGAAGUUAAUGACGAUGACGAAGGAGGAGAUGGCCCAGGAGCCAAGGAGUCCAUCUUCAAACGGCCCGGCCUGGGGAACAUGGUCUUCAGGAAGAACUUCUCCAUGGAGAUGGGUAUAGAGCCUGACGACUUCCCCAGUGGGAACAAUGAAAACCUGGGCUUCCUCAUCCGUAGGGAGGGGUUCGACACAGAAGGGGAGGACACAGGCUUUGUUGAGGACGAGGAGGAUGGCAACCUGCCCUGGAACCAGGAGGAGAUCGGCCUGGAUGAUGACCAGGAUGAGGAGACCUCCCCGCUGGAUGCCUUCCUCUCAUCCAUCUCCCUGCCAGACUUCUCCCCAGCCUUCACCCGCGAACAGCUGGACCUGGAGGCACUGAUGCUCUGUUCCGACGACGACCUCAAGGGCAUCCGCAUCCAACUGGGGCCCCGCAAGAAGAUCCUGGAAGCUGCCGCUCGCCGGAAAAAUGCACUGGAGAAACCUGGCGCCAUCAAGGACAGCUUCCUGUGAUGAAAUGAUGAUAUUGGAGGUGGUUGAAUAUGGCUGAAUGGAGAAAGUAGGAUGGAUGCAAGUAGGAGGAUGUAGAGUGACAAUACUUUUGAAUGUAAAGAACACUGAUGCAAAGUUGAGAGUUUGAAGGAAAUACAUAUCCUGGUUUUCUAUCCUUUAAAGACAAAUUCUUUAAUCUUUCUCUUACCUUGGACUAGGAGUGACUGCAGCCCUUCAUUACUUUGCUAUAGCCGCCACAGGCUAAAGUUACCAUUGAUUCACCCAAAACAGUGGGGGGUUCAAUGGGCUGGAUAAGCCUGGCACUGUGAUGAGAUAAUCGGCGAUGGUUGAACUGAGCAGGAAUGUCAUUUAGAUUAAUGGAGUGGCAAUAACACCACCACAACCACUACCAAUCACCAUCUUGCAAUACUAAUUCAUGAAGGAAGAAACACUGUCAGAUUUCAAACAUAAUUUCAGGUGCAUGCUCUUUUUGGCAUGUCUCUGAGAAGCACACAACUCAUUUUGAGUAAUGAUGUAAUGUAAGAGCCUAUUAAGUGGAAACUGUUCUGUUCUGAUCUUGAUUUUCUUGUUCCCUCCUUUGAUGAUUGAUAGAAAGGAGACGAUAUUGUGAUGAAUUCAGUUGUGCCAUUUUGUAUGUGAAUUUUAAUUGUUGUGAUUUGUACAUUGAUAAAAAAAAAACGUAUGACAACCAAAAUAAAUAACGUUUUUAAAUCA